ACCCCCACAAAAUAAAAGGGAGAAGAUUCUCUCUUUCUCUCUCCCUCUCCAUUUCUCUCCCUCGAUUUCUUGGGGGGUUUAGUUUUGGCUUUUGGUCGCUGAUUGCUUGAACCAGCGAGGGAGGGAAGCGAAACGGAGAACCGAGAAAGGAUCGGACCACCGGGACCUCUUCCAAGGGAAGGAUAGCUAAGGUAGUUACACAAUAUGGAAGUCGAACAGGCUGCGGAAGUAAGGACUCCAGAGACGACUGCUCAUAUGUUGCCUGAUAAGACGCCUGUACAUGGUGAUGAAAAAGAAAAUCUACUGAACAGGAAUUCAAAUAUGCAAGUGAAGGAAGCACACAAUGAUGAAGAUGAUGGAGCAGGAUCUGAUGGUUUUGAGCUGAUAGAUAUGAAGGAGAAUUUUGAUUCUACAAAAGUGGAGGAAGAAAUGGCAGCCCCAAGAAGAAGAACAGUUGAUGCCUCACCUGUUACAAAGGAAAGUCCCGUGGAUGCAGAGAAAAAGACAGCACUUGAAGAACAGGAACUUGCAGGAAACUUGAGACAUCCAGAGACUUCCAUGUUGAACCAACAAACAAAACAGUUGGAAGACCUAACAAGUCGUAUUAAAGAGCUUGAAUCUGACAAAGACAGACUGGUAAAAGACUUGACAGAAGCAGAAAAUAAGCAGAGCCUGCACUACAAUUCCCUACAAGAAGCUCAAAGAUCUCUCACUAUGAAAGAUAAGGAGCUGGCUGAUGCAACACAAUCACUGAAGGAGCUGGGGUCUGAGCUUGAAAGCUCCAAAAGGAGGAUUCAAGAAAUUGAAGCCGAAUUAGAUUCAUCAGCAGAUAAGCUCCGUAAACUUGAAGAGCUGAAGGAUGAAAGAAGUUUGCAUGCUGCACAGGAGGCGAAGAGGGCCACAGAACUUGAUAAGAUGCUGGAACUGGCACAAUCAAACAUGAAAGAGAUGGAACAAAAUAUUAGUAGUCUUCAAGAGGAGAUAAAGGGACAUCAAGAUAAGGCCACAGACCAUCAGCAAGUAGAAGAAUCACUGGGAAGCACAAUCUCAGAACUCAAGGCGGUACAAGAGGCACUGGAGUUGUCAAAGUCUCAAGUGGCUGAUUUGGAGCAGAAGCUUGCCUCUCAGGAUGCUGGCAUCAGUAAACUAACUGAAGAGUUGAAUCUCCAUUGUUCAUCUGAACAAUCUCUUAAAGAUAAGAGUAUUAAACUAGAGAAUGAACUUGCUACAGUGCAUGAAGAGCUACAAGCAAAGCUUUUGAAUUUGCAUGAAAUGGAGACAAAACUCGAUGAGCAGGCAAAAGAAAGACAGACAAGUGAAGAUACACUAGAGAAGCAAAAUGAGCAGAUACUCAACUUGCAGACUGGGCUAGACAAAUUGAAGUAUGAAAAUGAAAUUCUCCAAGGUACUGUUGCUGAUCUUAAUUCAGAACGUACAGAAAAAGACUCCCUGCUGAGUCAGGCUGAAGAUGAGCUUGCUAAAGCACAGUUGCUCCUCUCAGAAGCACUGUCACAUAAAGAAGAAUUGGAGGUAAAUCUGAAAUCUCUCAGUGAGCAGCAUGGUGAGUCCAAAGCUUUUGCAGAAAAUGCAAACCAAAAGAUUCUUGAACUUGAAGCACAAAUCCAGGCAAUGCGUGCAGCUGAAGAGGCUGUCAAGUCACAGCUGAAAGAAGCUGGGGCAAGUGUGGAAACUGCAGAGAAGAAAAGUUUGGACCUUCAGCAACAACUCAGCGGCAUUGAGAAUAAAUUAGUUGCAUCAAGUGAAGAAAUAGAGUUGCUGAAAGAGCGCGUUCAACAAGAAGAGGCUUUAUCAGCAGAAAAAGGAAUACAGCUGGAAGAAGCAGUGGCCAGUGUAGAGGGAUACAAAGAAAAAAUCAAUGAGUUGCAAUCGUCCCUAGAUUCCUCGGUAUCUAAAAAUCAGCUACUUGAACAAGAAGUCAAGGACCUGUCCGACAGAUGCUCAGAGCAUCAAGAACAAGCUCAUUCAGUUCGGCAAAGAAGCCUUGAGCUGGAGGAUUUACUUCACACAUCAAAGUCUGAUGCUGAAGGUGCAUACUCCCGGACACAAGAGCUGGAGCAGGAGCUGAACAGCACAUAUGAAAAGUUCAAGGGGGUUGAAGAAGAACUAGAAGAGUACAGAAGCAAGGUUUCGCAACUUUCUGAUGAUUUAGAAGCUUACCAGACAAAAGCAGCUAGUCUUGAAGCUGCGGUGGAAGCAGCAAGCGGGAAAGAGAAUGAACUUAUGGAGUCACUGAGCCAAAUAACUGAAGAAAAGAAGAAACUUGAAGAACUAACAGCAGAGCAUGAAGCUAAACUUCAAGAACACUUGAAGGAAAAACAAUCUUUUGAAGAGGGAUUGCAGAGCCAAGAAUCAAAGGUGCUGGAUCUACAAGAAAAGUUGGUGAAACUGAGAGAGGAAAAAGAACGCCAUGAAAACACCAUAGCUGAUCUUAACCUUCAGCUAUCCAGUAAGAAUGAAAUGUACAAUCAACUGGAGUCCCAAUUAAGCCAGGCUGGGGAUGAUCAUAGCAAAACAAGGUCACUGCUCUCCGAAGCACAAUCACACAGGGAGGAACUGGAGCUGAAUCUGAGAUCUCUUAGUGACCUGCACACUGCAUCCAAAACAGCUGCAGAGUCUGCAAUACAGAGGAUUGAAGAGCUUGAAACUCAAAUUCGGGAGUUAACUGCUUCUGAACAGAGUUUGAAGCUGCAGCUUACUGAGUUUGAGUCAAAGUUAGCAUCUGCUGAGAAGACGAGCACAGAUCUUGAGCAAGAGCUUAAAGAUGCUACAGCAGAGUGCAGCAAUUGCCAUGUGAAGAUUGAUGAACUUUCUGGGGAGCUUGAAUUAUACAAGGAGAAAUCAACUAAUCUUGAAAGCUCGUUAGCAGAAGCAAAACAAACGGAGGCUGAGUUGUCAGAGAAGUUGGCUCAAGUUACUGAAGAAAAUGAGAAGCUUGACGAACUGUCAAAGAAAACAACCAUAAAGCAUUUGGAAGCAGAGAAGCAGAUCCAAACUUUACAGGGUGAAUUGGAAUCUGCCCGAGGUAAACUGGAAGAGGUUGAAGAGGAGCUCCAGUCUCUGGGUAUCAAGGAAAGCUCGGUGCUUGAGAAGCUCAAAUCUGCAGAAGAGCAGCUGGAGCACAAAGGGAGGGCAUUGGAACAUGUCACUUCCAAGAAAAUAGACCUGGAAGCUCUUUAUCAGUCUUUACUUGAAGAUACAGAGAUGAAGCUUCAACACUCAGUAGAAAACUUAACUCAGAAGGAGAUUGAGUGCCAGCAACUAUUUGAAAAGUUGAAGUUGAUUGAGGAACAAGCAGCAUCUUAUCAAUCAAAAGCAACUGCAGCCACUGAAGAGGCGGAGUCCAUGAAGGUGGAGCUGGAAGCAUUUGAAAUGGAAAUUUCUACUCAUGAGACCACCAUUGAAGAACUCAAGACCAAGGUCUCCAAUGCUGAGUCAAAUGCAGAACAAGCAUUGGCUGAGCUUGCGAUGAUGAGUGGAACAAAUCAGGCCUUGAAAGAGGAACUUGAUGCUAAGCUAGCGAUGCUUCAUGAAGUUCAGGAACAGCUUAAUUCUACUCAUGCUGAAAAGGAAGAAGUUUCCACAAAGCUAGCUGAGCAUGAAAGAACAGUAGUACAUUUGACUGAGGUGCACAGUAGAGGUUUAGAACUCCAAUCUGCAGCUGAAUCAAGGAAUGCAGAAAUUGAAGCUCAAAUGCGCGAAGCUCUUGAGACAGUAGGACAGAAAGAGUCUGAGGUGAAAAACUUGAAUGAGAAGCUGGUUGCACUUGAGUCCGAGAUUGAAAGUUUGACGCAUGUUAAUGAAGCCUUGAAACAGGAAAUCGAUGCUAAGCUGGUCACGAUUGAUGAGCUGCAGGAGAAGUGUAGUUCUAUAAAUUCUGAGAAAGUAGAAGUUGCUGAAAAGUUGGCUGUUCUUGAGAGAACAAUAGAGCAUUUGACAGAAGAGCAUUCAAGAGGAUUGGAGCUCCGAUCUGCAGCUGAAUCAAGGAAUGCAGAAAUUGAGAGUCAACUGCAUGAAGUUAUUGAGGAGAUAGCACAUAAAGAAGCCGAAGUUACAAGCUUGAAGGAGAAGUUGGCUUUGCUUGAAACUGAGAACAAAACGUUGGCUGGUAUGAAUGAGGAGUUAAAAGGGGAAGUGGAUGCUAAACUGACCAUGUUUAAUGAGCUACAGGAGCGGUUUAGCUCUACUCAUGCUGAGAAGGAAGAAGCUGCAGAGAAGCUAGUUGUUCAUGAGAGGACAAUCUCACACCUGACAGAGGUGCACACAAGGAGCUUGGAGCUCAAUUCUGCAGCUGAAUCAAAGAAUGAAGAAAUUGAAGCUCAGCUUGGUGAAGCUCUCGAGAAGAUAACAAGGAAAGAAGCUGAAGUUAAAGACUUGAGUGAGAAGCUGGAUGCUCUGGAAAUUGAGUUGGGGUAUUACGAGGAGCAGGCAACUGAAGCUGCUGCCACUGAAGAAAAUCAUAAGGUUAAAUUUGAUGAAGCUGUGCAGAAAAUAAAGAUUCUGGAGGAACAACUUGCAGAAACACAAAGUGAGGUUGAGCAUUUCCUUACGGAGAAGGAAAGCUUGACUCUUGCAAAUAGUAGUUUGAAUGCGGAAGUGGAAGUACAUCAGAAGAAGCUGAAUGAAUUACAACGUGCACUUGCUGCGGCUGUAGCAGAAAAAGAGGGAGUGUCUGAAGAGGUUAAUGCAUUGCGAAAAACACUAGAAGGAAUGAUUGAGCGUAAAGAAGAAUUGGAAGUCCAGGUAUCUUCUACUUUGGAAGAGCACGAAGAACUGAAGAGCAUGUACCAAAAUACACUGGAAGAGAAGCAGGUAUUGAAUGAUAAAUAUGAAACUGCAAAGAAAGAGCUCGAGGAAGCAAUAGCAAUGUUGGAGGAGAAAAUGAAUGUAGACAAGUCAGAAAAAGAGUUGCACAUCUCAAAACUGGAAAGACAGAUUACAUUAUCUGAGAUAAAAUACAUGGAGGAGAUCAAGACCAUGCAAGUGGAAACAACUGAAAAGGAUGAAGCACUAACAGCCAAGUUGCAGGAACAUGCAAACUUACUGCAUGAGAAAGAUGAGUUGGAACAGCAAUUGCUGGAAGUUAGAAAGGAACUGGAUGAUGCUUACCAUACCAUAGCAAAUCAGGAAGAGCAAGCUUCGGUGAGGGAGAUAAAGUGGGAUGCAUUUAAGAAGUAUUCAGAGGACCAACUGGAAACUGAGCGGCAGCAUGCUGCAGAGCUGGAACUGCAAGUAUCAGCUCUUAAACAACAGCUUCAUGAAGCUGAGAUUCAUUACAAGCAUAAGGAAGAACAAGUUUCUCAAAGAGAGGUUCAAUGGGAAGCAGAUCAAAAUCAUUCAUUGGGUGAACUGGAAGCUCAGCGUCAGUAUGCCACAGACUUGGAGAAACAAAUCCAAGCUCUUACACAGAAGUUAGAAUUAGCCGAAGCAAACUACAAGCAGAAGGUCACAGAAGAGAGGGAUAAGCUUUCUGAGGUUACUACGGAGUUCAACAAGUUGACACAAAAAUUAAGCAAGAAUGUUGAAUUGGAGAAGAAGGUACAGGAUCUUGAGCAGAAGCUGCAGGUAGCUUAUUCCAAAUCCGAUGAACAGGCAAAGGAUGCUGUGGAGUCGAGAUCCCGAGAAUUCAGCCUCGAUUCAUCAACACUGGCAAAUGAACAACCUGACAGACCUCAGGCUGCUGACACAGCCUCUCCAAACCUUACUCAACAAGAAUUGCGAGAACCUUCUGGCAUCAUGGCCUUCAAGUUCAUCCUGGGAGUUGCCCUGCUGUCCAUACUUGUUGGCGUAUUUCUCGGAAAGCGCUACUAGUGCUGCUUUUGUGAAAGUCUCUUGGUGCCCAUGGGAAAUCUCAUUGUCAAUAUUGCUUUCAAUGAACCUCAGCUAUCCUAGCUGAACAGUCCUUAGUCAACCGAAGUUUGAAAGAAUUGCUAGCCUUUAUUGGAAUGGACCGAUGACUUUUAGGGAGAAGUCGGAGAUCUUGAAAGCUUUUUUUUCCUCUUGUUGAGUUUUCCCUUUAGUUUCUCUUUGGGUAAGGUGCUAGGAAUUUGAUUUUUGUUCAUUCCUACCCUUCGCAUGCAAAAGGCUAAUUGCAUGUAACUGGUUUUGCCGUCAUCAGGUUUUCGUUUACAUUUCUCUGUAAAAAAGAUCUGAAGUGCAGGGACUCAAAAGUCAAAACAUGAAGCCUUUGGUGAUAUGUUCAUAUGAAGAGUGCAAGUUCUGUAAUCAUUUACAAAUUCAAUCACUCCAGUGCUUUUGAUGUA